AAUUAUUUGGCCAUCAUUUUGAAGACGUGUGUGUUUUUUAUGGUUAUUAUUUUAUUCUAAGGCUCUUUUUCGAAACUGUUGGAUAUCUGAACGGAUAUAAUGUUGGGAUCUUUUUUAAUCUUAAUGUUGGGGUUGGCCGAGCCCCUCCAGGCAAAACCGCUACAGGACGCACUGGAUUCCUCGAACUCUCCUAUGGGAAUGUUACCAGGUGGAUUAUCGGGCACCACUACUGCGAUGCAAUUUCCAAUUUACGCCAAAUCAUACACAACAGGAGAUAUGGAUGUGCCAGAGCAUGCAAACCACGAGGAAACCCCAAAGAGGGUAACACGGGGUGCAAAAGAUGGACGAUCCAGACAACGGGAGAGACAGGAGCUCCACAACCUCAGGGACCCAAGACCUCAUGACCCAGACGGCUUUUUCACAACCCCAAGCAAUGUACAUUUCCCAAACAAAACACACAGAGAAGUCAGGAAUGACACAAAUUCGAUUCGUAUCCACAACCCUCUCUACCCAGUGACUGACAGCUCCUAUGGCGCCUAUGCCGUGAUGCUCCUGUCGCUCAUGGUGUUCGCCGUGGGCAUCAUUGGUAACCUGGCAGUGAUGUGCAUCGUGUGGCACAACUAUUACAUGAAAACUGCGUGGAAUUGCAUCCUGGCCAGCCUGGCCUUCUGGGAUUUCCUCGUGCUCUUUUUCUGUCUGCCAAUAGUUAUCUUUAAUGAGCUGACCAAGAGGAGGCUGAUGGGAGACCUCUCCUGUAGAAUUGUGCCUUACAUGGAGGUGACGUCCCUGGGGGUGGCCACCUUCAGCCUGUGUGCGCUGAGCAUCGACCGCUUCCACGUGGCCACCAGCCCGCAGCCCAGGCCCCUGCGCCGCCCCGUGGAGCCCUGCCAGUCCAUCCUGGCCAAGCUGUCGGUCAUCUGGGUGGGCUCCAUGGUGCUGGCCGUCCCCGAGCUGCUGCUGUGGCAGCUGCACCAGGAGCUGGCGCCGGGUACCGGCCUGCCGCUGGACUCCUGCGUGCGCCGGCCCUCCGUGGAGCUGCCCGAGUCGGUGUACUCGCUGGUGCUCACCUACCACGAGGCGCGCAUGUGGUGGUCCUUUGGCUGCUUCUACUGCCUGCCGCUGCUCUUCACGCUGGCGUGCCAUCUGCUCACACGCCAUGUGGCCGAGGAGACGAAGCAGGCCGCGGCGGACACGGGGACAGGGAAGAAGGGGACGAAGGGGCGCCCGCUCUCGCCCUCCACCACCUCCUCGUCCUCCACCUGCACCUCCUCGUCCUCAUCCUCCUCGCCCAAGAGGCAGCAGCAGCGGCGGCGCGAGCGUCAGCUGACCCACACGGUCCUGGCGCUAGCCACCAUGUUCGCCGUCUGCGGCCUGCCGGAGAACGCGGCCAACAUCACGCUGGCCUACGCCGGGCUGGAGGUCUCGGCGGCGACGCUGGCUCUCCUGCAGCUGAUUGGCCAGUUCCUGAUGUUUGCCCGGGCUGCCGCCACGCCGGUCAUCCUGCUGUGCCUGUGCCGCGCGCUGGGCCAGGCCUUCAUGGACUGCUGCUGCUGCUGCUGCGAUGAGUGCCUGCCGGGACGCUCCAACUCCUCCUCCUCUUCCUCCUCUUCCUCCUCGUCUUCGGGCUCCUCCACACGCUCCACGGCUGCCACAGCCACCACCGCCUCCUCGCCCACCUCCUCAGUGCCCUUGGAGGAUACCAAAGCCAUCACCACUAUCACUACCGCCAACACCACCACUACCACCACCACAGACAAGCUCAAGAUAGUCUCAGGCUCGACACCUCCUGCUAUUCUGUUUGAUAAGGCGAAGGAUAACUCCUCCAUCCUGGCCCUAGGCACCCCAUGUUGAGAAGGAGUAGGUUAGGGGGUGCAAACUGAAGUGGGUGGGUUGGGGGGUUUGGGGCGAGCCUAUGGACCUCAUGUCUAAUAACGUCACUGAACCAGGCGCACUGACUUCUGGUCUCAUGGCCUACUCUAGUCUCUCUCCUCAGAGGCCUGGAGGUGCCUGACAGAUGGAAAUCACAAGGGAAGAGGACACAUCACGACCAACUCAUGUCAUACAAGGAGAUUGUUAUUGUUCUUUUUGCUGAUACUGUUACAUGUGUUUGCUGAAAUACCCCAUCCCUGUAUGUAAACUAUUACAGCUUGUAGCCCGGAUCAUAUAAUGUGGCUUCAAAAUCCAUUAGAGCAGACAUUACAGCUCUUCAAUGCCCAUAUUGAUUUGAACAAGACAAGAAGCUCCAGAGUGAAAUUCAAAAUGAAGGAAUGCGGAGUGCUAUAAAGGGCAUAAUAAGAAACUUCCCCUUCCCAUUCGUCAAAAAUGACUCGUCCAAAUUCUACAUCCGGAAAUGUGAACGAUGUGUGUGUGUGUGGUCUCUAUUAUCCUGAUGUGUGUGUGUGAGUGUGUGUUUUUCCCCUUCUUUCUUUCUUUUUAAAGGACUUUUCAAAUGUGGUCAAUUUUGAGUCCAGUGACGUUUCCUUUUUUUCCUCCGGCGUUUUGACUCGACCGAUGGCCUUUUGUCUUCUGUUUUGCUAACCUCUUUUUUUUCUCUCUUGUGCAUAAUGAACAAGUGGAGGAAUGUGAUGCUGCGUUCUGUAUUCAUCAGCGCACCACAUUACUCCACACGUCCACAAAGCUGGGUUUCUGUAUCAGGCCUACUCACAUUAUUGUUAGAUAACUCAAGGCAAUGCAUACAAUUAUCUUUGUGUUUCUCCACGUAUGAAUAUAACACUGUACAUGACAAUGCUGUUGGACAGACUCCGCUAGUUUGUCUUGGCCUUCUUGACUGAGAGAUAUCAUUGAUAGAGUAGAUUUGUUUUUUAAUGUUUUCAUGGAUAGCGAGACUUCUAGUCCAAUACGGUUUAUUUCUAAAGCAAAUAGACACGUUUGUUUCAUAUCUGCUGUCAGUGCUGUGGUAUGUACCAGCCUGAAGGUAGAUAGCUGGCAUUAAACAUAACUUUUGUUGCCUCUGGGCUUGGAAAGUAAUUCUUUGUAAAUGUGUGUCUUAUCAAGAGCAUUUGUGAUUGUAAUCUGUGAUUGAGAAUCUCAACAAAUUACAUCUCAAUCCGUAAAUGUCCUUAGUAAAUGUCAAGUCAUUUUUGAUUAAAUGUUUGACUGAUUCUGUUUCUUUUCUUAAAUGUUAAUUGUUUGAUAUUCUUUCCCGAGUCAGUAUAAGGGAACUUGAGGGAAAACAUAAUGCAGUUACAGGCCUUUCUUAUUUCAGUUGUCGUGUGUAUUCGCAUUUCGUUUGUACCGAGUCGGACCCAAUAAAAGAAGUUGUUCUAAUUGUAGUUCACUCUUUAAUGCAAAUGUGGGCCAAGCUAGUGAACUACCCAGCAUUGUCAACAACAACAAGAACGCCACACAACAAAACCACUCAGUCAGUCACCCAAGCCGUGUCUGCCAUUUGACACACUCAAACUUGUUUUCCCUCCUCUUU